UUAUACGUUAAACAAGCUUAACGCGACGCGGCGCUCAGUUUUGAAUCUCCCGCAACAGGAUGGUCACGUGAUUAGGGCGUGCGCGUGAUGGAAGCGCAAGUAGCGGCGGCGGCGACGCAAGCAUGGCGGUCGGUUAAAUGCCUCGUACGGACGUACGAGCGGAUGAACACAACGCACAACCGUCUCAAUGGAGCGAUGAGUGUUUCGAGCGGCCCGUGAGUGAUUCAGUGCCGACGGUUAUUCCGACAGAUAUUACUGCCCACACUACUACUGGAACCAUGACGGUUACGCGUGCUAACGAACGUAUCAUCGUGCAGGAAACGCAAAGAUUUUGAAAGAAAGUUUAAGACUUCAAGAUGGCUACGAAGAUUGAAGACACGGUCUCUAUCGACAAUCCUAAUGAUGGAGAGAGCUUGGAUAAGGAAAUAUUGACAAUUGGUGGGAAUGAUAGGGGAAGGCUUCCAUCAACGUAUUUAUAUAAUACAGGAUCGGAGCAAAGUACAGGAACUUCGGAUCAAGAACAAACCAUUCGAAAUCGUACUCCAGCCACGGAGGACCAGUUAGGUCCAUUACCAUCUAACUGGGAAAAGGCAUACACAGACACAGGAGAAGUUUAUUUUAUAGAAUCACAUUGCAGUCACAACACAGGCACAUCUCACUGGCUAGACCCACGUCUGUCAAAAUUUCAAAAAAGAUCUUUAGAAGAAUGUCUCGACGAUGAACUGCCCUACGGUUGGGAGAAGAUCGACGACACUCUGUACGGCACAUAUUUUAUUGAUCACGUAAAUCGUAGAACUCAAUACGAAAAUCCAGUUUUGCAAGCUAAAAGAGCGCAGCAGAAUAUGCUCGAGAGGAAAAGUCCCAACUUCACCAGAAAUCCCGACAAGCUGAAGGGUCAGAGGAUAAGAACUGCCUUAAUAAAGAGCUCGCGGGGCUUGGGAUUUACUAUCGUCGGCGGUGACGACACUGUGGAGGAAUUCCUUCAAAUUAAGAGCGUCGUGACAAAUGGUCCUGCAUGGCUGGACGGGAAGCUUCAAACCGGUGACGUGUUAGUAUACGUUAAUGAUACCUGCGUGCUAGGAUUCACACAUAACGAAAUGGUAAACGUAUUCAAGUCAAUUGGCAGUGGCGAAACAGUGUCUUUGGAAGUAUGCCGGGGUUACCCGUUACCUUUCGACCCCAACGAUCCUAACACGGAGGUUGUGACCACGAUCGCCGUCAACGCACCUGAAGAUCCCGCAAUGUACAUGGAUUUAAAUUCCUCUCUUCAAGACAAUGCCCGUUUCAAUUUUUUGGAUUCCACGUUCUUGCCAGUGCACAGUCUGCAAAAUGGAGAAAAUCUUGCUACAACAUCCGUCAAUUCGAUGCCCGAUCUCUGCAUUUCGGAUAAAAUCAACACGAUUAAGAGGCCGAGCAGCACGGACAUUUUACUGUCGGAAAGCAGCGAUUUGAACGACUGUAAGGAUUCGUCGAUGUCUUCCAAACCGGAGUUUUUCAGCAUCGCCAUUGUGAAGGGAACCAUGGGAUUUGGGUUCACGAUAGCGGACUCCGCUCACGGUCAGAAGGUCAAGAAGAUUUUGGAUCGUCAGCGUUGCAAGAAUCUAAUGGAAGGCGAUAUCCUAGUCAACAUAAACGACAUCAAUGUUAGAAAUAUGUGUCAUUCGGAAGUAGUGCAAGUGCUGAAGGAUUGCCCGCGCAGCGAAGAAGCGUUAAUACACGUUCAACGAACAACGACAAAGUUGAAGGAAAAGAAGGAGAAGAAUAUGCAGGACUUCUUCCGAAGCAAAACGCCCACUGCGGAUAUCUACAGCACUCAGUCGAAAACGAUAAUACCCAGCAGACCGAAAACGCCAUUAAUCGACACUAGGAAUCGUUCCAAAUCACCGCCAAGUGCGAGCAGAACAAAUUGGAACGAGGUGCAAGGCGAAAACGAAUUGAAUCCGCUGGACAAUCACUACAAAUACUCCGACUAUUCGCACGGGAUGUUUUAUUCGGAUCCGUACAAAGCUAAUAUCACCGGCAAUCUGUCGGACAAUUUUGCGGUAAUGAAUCUCGACGAUGAUUCCAUCAGAAAUACAGCAAAACGCGAUUGGACGGCGAAUGACAAGUUGAACAUCAAUAACGACAUGUAUUCGAUCGACAUUUCUCGUCACGAUAAUAUGCUCAAGCAGAAUGGAUACUUACACUCCGAUUACUACAAGGACGUCUAUCCCGUUCAACCGCACUCCCAAUAUAACGAGGAUUACAAUGUGUACUCCAUCGGGCAGGAGCAGAAUGUCGACACCGGUGAGAUCUGGGAUAAACGAAAGGAAACGACCAGUUUCGAGCACGAACAACCACAUUCCAGUUCCAUAUCUCGGUAUCCUCAAUACACGAACGAAUUGGUCUGUCCAAUGGUUCCCGACAUAGAAUGGAUAGAAACUCUGGUGACUUUAAUCAGACAAGAUACUGGGUUUGGAUUUAGAAUAGUGGGCGGUACGGAGGAGGGAUCUCAGCAGGUUUCGGUUGGUCAUAUUGUUCCUGGCGGAGCGGCCGAUCUUGAUAAUAGACUCAACACUGGCGAUUUGAUUAUGUCCGUCGAUGGAGAGAGCGUCAUGAACUCUUCUCAUCACCAUGUAGUGCAGCUGAUGAUAGCGGCGGCGCAAAACGGCCGAGUGACUCUGGGAAUACGACGCCGAAUCAACACGCAAGAGCACCUUCAAGAGAAUCUUCAGUCUUCAUACGGCCGGCAAAUGAAUCUUCAGUAUCCAUAUGACGUCACCGUCACUCGGAUGGAGAACGAAGGUUUCGGUUUUGUGAUAAUCUCGUCCGUCAACAAAGCCGGCUCCACAAUCGGCAGGAUAAUCGAAGGCUCGCCAGCUGAAAGAUGCGGAAGAUUGAACGUUGGAGACCAUAUUCUCGCUGUCAAUCACAUAGACAUCACAAACGUUUGCCAUAAGGAUAUCGUCAAUUUAAUUAAAGAUUCCGGUUAUUCCGUCACAUUGACGAUUGGAUAUCCGCUCGACGAUUGUUGUAGCAAUACUUCUCUCUCUCAAAAGGAUGAACCUACAGGAGAUGGAGAUGGAGGUCAGUACCAUGCUGUGGAGCUAACUCGGGGCACUAGGGGUUUCGGUUUUAGCAUACGCGGCGGCCGCGAAUUUCAAAACAUGCCUUUAUUUGUUUUGCAAAUCGCUGAGAACGGUCCAGCGUCUAUUGACAAUCGGCUUAGAGUUGGAGAUCAGAUAAUUGAGAUAAACGGUAUCAAUACUAAAAACAUGACGCAUACAGAAGCGAUAGAAAUUAUACGUAAUGGUGGACCAUCUGUUCGUCUCUUAGUACGACGUGGCUGUCAAAUGCCUUCAGUGAGUAAUCUCACAAUCGACCAAAUAAGUAUUCGACCGAACGAUGAGGGCACCCCACGCAGACAUUUAUCGAAAUUACCCGAGAGGGGUGUGCCCCCCAAAAAACGUCAGAAAGUUCGAUUUUCCAUUUCAUUGAAUUGCUGCUCAUCCAAAAACAGAUACUUGUAGUAAGAAUUUUUAGCGAGAUGCGUUUUGACACUACACGAAAUGAUGUACGCGAUAAGUUUGAUGUUUCAUCGUUGAAAUUGAAAUUUAUUUUAUGGAGAGAGCAAUGUUCAAUGCAUUUAUAAUCUAGGACGCGUUUAAGCGUAGACUGCUGUAGGUUUUGAAAGGAAAACAAAUCUUUAACUUAUACAAAUGCGAAUACUGUAAAGCAUAAGUGAAUUAUACUAGCAUAUAGAGAUAUAUUGAAAGGGACGCUAAGUAUAAAGUGUCAAUAGUGUAAAGUUUAAGUUAUAAGUACUAUCUAUCUUUGCUAGCGUAAAUAGCAUUGAUACAUGUAAAGAAUCUCAGAAUUUUAAAAUGCUGUAUUACGUAGGGACGACACAUGCAGCUGUAUAUCCAUACGCUGUGUGGUGAUAUAGACUGGCAAUUAUACAUGAAUUUAUUAUUCGUCUGCUCUUCUCAAUAAUAUCUCUAAAUGUAGACUUUUACAAUUUUAGGCUUUUAUUAUAAAUAACCACUUCAUGAACUUUUUUUUUAGAUCAUGACAUGAUUGUGGCCUUAACGAUAAAAUCUUACGCUUUUUGAUACGAUAUAAGGGAUGUCGUAAGAAAAUUAGUAAUUGUUUAAUUCUUAUGACUAACCUGUUCUGGCUUGUUAUCAAAAUUUAAAGAUUCUGUCGAUAUCUUGUUUCACUUCCCCUUUUUUUAAGUAUUUAUUACCAUUUAUAAGAAAUGUAUAUGUAUGUCAGUAAAAUUAAGGACUCAUGCAACCAAAGAAGCAAAUGCACUUGUCAGCCAAUUUGUUUUGAGGUACAGUAGUGGAAGAUAAUUGAAAAGAAUUUAUUAUUCUAAUGAUUACUUAUUUCUUUUCGGGCAAUUCUCUUGUCCACAAUAAACACAAUAUUUCUAUGGCAAAAUUAUAACGGAGGACGAAUUUGACAGAAACUUUUCUUAUUUAAUCGUUCCAUCUUUUUUUCAAUAUAUAUGGAAGUUACAUGUUUAGAAGAAUAACGCAUAUAUUUUUUUACUUGUAAGAUAGAGAGAUAGCAGAUGUUCGGCGAAUGUAUUAACGAGACAAACAAGAAAAGGCAAUUGUUAGAUUGUAUUUUUAGAUCUCAGAAUUGAGGAAAGCGACAUAUAUACACAUAUAUAUAUAUGUAUAUAUAUAUAUGUAUAUAAUUGUUCGUUUGGCCGCCUAUUCGUAUACAUAUGCAUACGUAUACGUAUAUAUAUGUUUAUAAGUAUGUAUAUGCAUAGGCGAGAAUUUGUUCAAAGAAUAUAUUUAAACGGACAAUUCACACAAGUGAUAAGCAGCAGCAAACGCAUUUAAUCGGAACACACAGUACCCAUUUUAUAAUCGUGGCGUUUAUUUUUUAUAAUUAUAUAUAUAUAAAGAAUUUGUAUAUUAUGUAGGAUAUCGUAAGUUUCGUAUAACUGUAUAUACUUGUUUUUCCAAGAAUAAAGAAUAAUGUUGAUAAUUUGUAAGAAGCAAUAACACGCGAAUGACGAUUCUGUCGACUCGAACUUUGUUUAUCGAGAAAUCCAAGUCUUCUUUACUACUCGUCUUGCCUUCUUUCUUGCCAAAACUCCGGUUACAUUGUACACUUCUUUGUUACGAGUUAGUCCAUUUCUUGAAACAUUGAUGGCGAAUAAUUAAAUGAACAAAUUUGUGUGUUUACAUGAACAUUGUUUAUCGCGUUUCGAGUAGUAAAGACAGUACCAAUCAUUAAACUUCAGCUGCACAUAUGGAAAGUAGUUUAUAUAUAUAUUGUUCAAAUAUACAUUAAUUUGACUGAAUUGAACAGUUA